AUGGAUAUUGCUGCUCUCAGCGAAGUUCACCUCCAUGAGGACGGUAUCCUUAAUGAACAUGGCGCCGAUUACACACUCUACUGGACUGGAAAACCCAAACCGAAAAUCACCUUUCAGGAGUUGGCUUCAUGGUUAAAAAUCCCACCGCCUCCAAACCCGCCUCCUACUAUACAACAAGCAACAAGUUGUUCUCUUCAGCAUGUAUGUUGCCAACUCUGCAAGCCGAACCUAUGGAAAAAGAUUCUAUACCGACCUGUACCGUCUCAUCCAAAAGCAGAGGGACACUUUGAAGACAACAUGGAUGCAUCCUCGAUUCAAGCACUGGCAUCUAUUGACUAUGUUUUAGUGCCUCAAAGAAACGUUUACAAUGUUCGUCACACUGGUGUGAUUUCUAGUACGAAUGUCAAACAUGCCACUGCUUUGUACGAUGUAAACUCAAUCUCCGCUUUAAAUUCAAGCAUGAGAGAAAUGGAAUUCCAAGAAGAAGGCUCAAAGUUAACAAUCUUCAAAUACCUACAGUGA